CACUAUCUAUACACACACAUAUUUCACAUUUAAGCCUUAGAGAAACCAAGAACACAAAAAAGAAAAACCAACGCAUGUUUUCACAGCCAUGGCAAUCAAACACAAAGAUGAAUCAGACCAUGAAACUAGUAGCUGCUCAUCAAUCACGGUACCGGAAUCAGGUCACAGCUGGAUAGGUAGUAACAUGAGUUUCGGCAGCCGGAGUUCCGUUUCAGUAUCUUCUACUUCAUUUGGUGACUACAACAACAUACACAAACCACAUAAAGCAAAUCAAGUUGCUUGGGAAGCUAUGAAGAAACUAAGAGGAUUACAACAAAAUGGUCAGCUUGGUUUAGAUCAUUUUCGACUUGUUCGUCGUGUAGGUAGUGGUGAUAUCGGUAAUGUUUAUGUUUGUCAGCUUCGGAAUAACCCGGCGGCGGACUGUUUAUAUGCCAUGAAAGUUGUUGAUAAAGAAGCUUUAGCUUUUAGAAAUAAGUUGCAAAGAGCUGAAAUGGAGAAGGAGAUUUUAUGUAUGCUUGAUCAUCCUUUUCUUCCGACCCUUUAUGCAAACUUUGAGGUUUCUCAUUAUUCUUGUCUAGUUAUGGAGUUCUGUCCCGGUGGUGACUUGCAUUCCGUUCGACAACGCCAACCUGGGAAACGUUUCAGUGUUGCAUCUGCCAAGUUUUACGCAGCGGAGACACUUCUAGCACUAGAGUAUCUGCACAUGAUGGGAAUCGUUUACCGUGAUCUUAAGCCAGAGAAUGUUUUAGUACGAGAUGAAGGUCAUAUAAUGCUAUCAGAUUUCGAUCUUUCAUUAAAAUGUGAAGUCGUUCCAAAACUCGUACAAUCAUCAAAACCAAGCGUUGAAGCGAUUGCAAAUUGCGUAACUACAUGUGGUAGCACUCCCAUGCAGCCUGUCCUGUCUUGUUUCUCAGCUUCUUCUAACAAGAAAAAAGUAGCAACCACAAACGAUGAUAAAGAAGAUAAUGAAGAUGAUAAUGGUAACACUGGUGAUGAUCAGGCAUGUGGGAAUGGAGAGUUCGAUAAAGAAUUUGUAGCCGAACCGAUAAACGCAAGAUCGAAAUCAUUCGUGGGAACACACGAGUACUUAGCUCCAGAGGUGAUAUCAGGAUUAGGACAUGGAAGUGCAGUAGACUGGUGGACGUUUGGAGUGUUUCUAUAUGAAAUGUUAUAUGGUAAAACGCCAUUUAAAGGUGAAACUAAUGAGAAGACAUUAGUUAACAUACUUAAAAAACCAUUAACAUUUCCAGGGAUAAAUGUUAGUAGUAGUAGAGAUUUAGAAGAGAUGAUUAAAGUUCAAGAUUUGAUUAGUAAGUUAUUAGUGAAAAAUCCGAAGAAAAGGAUUGGGAGUUUAAAAGGGGCACUGGAGAUUAAAAGACAUGAGUUUUUUAAAGGUGUGAAUUGGGCUUUGAUUAGGUCAGUUAAGCCACCUGAAGUUCCUAGAGAUCAACAAAAGAUCAAGAUGGCGAUGAUGAAUAAGAAGAAGAUUAUUACUACUGCUACUUCAUUGCCAAAGAAGUUGAGUAAGAAAGAAAGGGAAGAUACUUAUCAAAUUCCUAAUCAUCAACAACAUUUUGAUUAUUUUUAGUUGAAGUGUAAUUAUAGAAGAUAAUUAAUGAUUUCUUGUAUUUUUUUAGAGUUUAAUAUAUGACUAAUUAUUAGAGUUCA